AUGCUUAAAGGCCAAUGUGGUGUCUCGGGGAGAUGUGAUUAUACUUAUAAAUAUGUUACAGGUGUGACUGAGGGAAAUCUUGCUUCUGAAGUUGUGACAUUUGAGUCAAGAAAUGGACUAUAUAUCAAGCGUCUUAUGUUUGGAUGUUCAUCAAAUUACUCUAAAGCUGCAGAUCGUUUUAGUGGAGUUGUUGGACUUGGACAACGAGCUAUUUCUUUGGUUUCACAACUAAAUUAUACUGGAUUUUCCUAUUGUAUCGGUGGAAUGCUUGUUGAUAGCAGGGCUACUUCAACUUAUUUGCCUGAUAUAGCAUUCAAUAAAUUGAAGGAGGAAAUUAGAUCUGUGAUUGGUACGACAUUAAAAGAGAGCUUUGUUACCGUGGAACUAUCAGAUCUUAAAAACUUCUCGACUAUAGCACUUCAUUUGAUUGAAAAUGCUAAAAUGAAGUUUGCUGUUGAGAAUUUAUUUUGA